CAACGAGGAAGGCACGAAUCAGCAUGGAACCCAUCAAGCGCAACAGAAUGUGAGACGCAAUAUGCAGCAAUAUCCGCACGGCUACGUGCAGAAUGGAUACGCGGGCUAUGCGGGAUAUGGCGAUGCGCCUCAAACGCAGGCGUUCCAUCCACCACAAUACCCGGCGCAACAAAGACAGCAGUAUCCGACGGCGCACGUGGUCAUUCCGCAAGUGCCAAGGCAGAACUCGCACUCUUCCGACUUUCACCUCUCGCCGCACCUCCAACACAUGCAUCCGCCCGCGACUGGCUACCAACAACAGCCCGUGCAGAACUACAGGCCCGCCCCUCAUCAGCAAUACUACUCUUCGCAUCCUCAGCAAGUCUUUACGCAGUCGCCAUCUCUGCAGCCUCAGCAGGCCAGGCAGUAUCCCAACCAUCAGUUCCAUCAUCCCGAAUCAUAUCAGACGGCCGCGUCUUAUCCGCCCUACGUCCAAAACACCAGCAGAUUCCCGCCGCGACAGGAUUAUGUUGCUGCCAGUCAGCCCGUCCAGCGCUUCCAACACGCCCCUCCUCUCGACCAGUCUUUAAGACCGGCUCAUCACUCCGGGCAAUCUCAUAUGCUCUCCUCCCCCGAUCCGCUUCACGCAUCUCCGGCUCAACUUCAUCACCGACUUCCAAUGACACAGCCUCAGCAACGCGGCCAGGGCCCUCCUCCGCAUCAUCGCAGCGCUCAGCAAUCUCAGACAUCUCGAAGGGCGCAGGAGAAACCGCCGCAGCAGCGUGUGGUUGCUCGGGUGGAGAUCCCUGUGCCGCACCCGAUCGCAGCUCUCCCGGACAUGCAUCGCCCGCAAAAACGUCGCAAAUCCGAUGAUGGUCAUGCUGUGUCAGUACCUUUGAAGCCCAACUCCCAACCUCGACCCAGCCAUGCCGCCGCCUCGUCCUCGCCUCUGACGGAACUGGCGUCAUCUCAACUUCCACCCACACCGAAACCACAUACCGACUAUCAAGCGAUCCUCCUGGCCCUUGCAGACGAAUACAUCACCGCGGCGUACUCCAUCAGUGUCCCGGCUGCUUCCUUUGAUGCCGCAGAGGCAAGUCGAGAGCGGUACUUGUCGCUAAUCUCCUCUGCAAUGGCCUGCCUGGAGUCUGUCUUGAUCAACUUUCGCCAAUCUGAUCAUCGGCGAGAAGCACGGACUCGCUUGCGUCUGGCUGCGCUCAUGAUUGAAGAGACUGACAAUGGUGAAGACGCCGAGCAGGUGCUGAGCCAAGGCAUUGCACUCUGUGAACGAAGCCGACUGCCGGAUUUGAAGUAUGCGAUGCAUGUUUAUCUUGUCCGUUUGAUCAGCAGAACCUCCUCCCGGGCCGCGUUAAAGUCCGUCGACAAGCUCAUCCAGGAAGUGGAUGCCUUGAACCUGCCCCAUUGGGCUUACGCUUUCCGAUUUCUCCGCAUCUCGCUGACUCUGCAAUCUCCGUCGCACGUCGACCAGCACGGCCUGCUCAAGCAUCUUGCUGCGAUCUCUACAGCUGCUGAAGACAGCCGCCACAUCUCUGUCAGUAUCAUGGCGUCCAUCUUCGAGGCAGUCGUACAGCUUCGAUCUGGUGCAGUGGAUGCCACCGAGCUCGCUCAGAGGGCCUUGACUGCAGUCCGCACUCACCAACUCAGCCCGGAAAUGCAACGACUGCCCCAAAUCGGAGCGUUACUCGACUGUCUGGACCUUGGCUGCUGUUUGACCUCAUAUAAGCUGGGUCAGAUUGAGAGCAAGCUGGAGCAGAUGCACGCCAAUCUCGACAAGCUCACCCACCAGGCGGGAUGGCGCAAGGAUGGGACGUUGAGCAUUGACCUGGGCCCGUACUCAAACGAUGAUCUCGCAAAAGAUACGUGUGGCAUCAUGGCCAUGUCCAAAGGAGGACAAGCCGCCCUCAGCUUCCGUUGGCUCGGCAAAGACCAGCUGUACGCGCUCGGGUAUUUGUUGAGUGCUUUGGCUGUCAUGUCCAAGAACCCCGAGAGCCAAAAAGCACAGACGUAUCUCCAGGAGGGCCUGAAGUUGUGCAAUGCCCCGCAAGAAUCACUCCCGAGAUCUCGCAAUGCUGCAAUGGAAGAGACGAAGCAGAAGUUUUGCUGGACCAUCACCUUUCGCACCUGGACCGUGUUUGCACUUUGUGGGCGCUACAACUGGACAGCUGCGCAGGCGCAGAUACAAGCCGUGAGGCAGGAAGUUGCCCAGCACGGUACAACCCUCGACUACGGGACUGCACGCACACUGCUGUAUCUUGAAGCGGUGUGCGCCCAUGGCUUGGGAGACUUUCAACUCGCGCUGAGCCUCUACCAAUCUUCUGGCAUCCUGCUCACGGACGACAACAAAGUCGAGAGUGAAGGCAAAGAUGUCCGUCUUCUUGCAACGCUUAAUAGUGUUUUGAUUCUGCGCACGCUCGGGGUGGAGGAGUUUGUCAAGGCCGACAGUCUGAUGGCAGCUCUCGAUCCCCACUGUCAGCAUCAUCCGAGCCCGGCAAUCAGAUCGGCUUACAAUAUCGUGCGAGCCACUGCGAAUGGCGGGAAGAAUGCGAUUACCAAGACCAAGCAAUACCUGCAGAUUGCGCUCGACGCAGCGAGGACCUCCUCCAAUCAGCAGCUUCUCAGUAUUGUGAUGAAUAUCAUGACGUCGACGCUGUUUUCCAACAUCGUGGGCGAUCAAGCCGAGAAGUCGGUUCGCGCGGCGGUCUCUCUGGCCCGACAAUCCCGCCAGCCGCUGUGGAUGAGUGUCGCGAGUGGAAUGUAUGGUGAGAUUAUGGAGCGGUGCGGGAAAGGUGAUGAGGCGUUGGCGGCGAGGAAGGAGGUGCAGAAUCUGGCCAAGACUCUUCCGGAGCCGUUGAAGGGUGGUUUGUCGGGCGAGUAGGGGGUGGACACGGCCGAUGAGAGGUGCUGAUGGCCCAUGUGGACUUUGUUCACCUGUUGAGAGAGUAGGUAGCUCAAUAACUUCAUCGAGGAUUUGUACAUUGCCGUGUUGUCCUUCGCUUUCACUCGCUUCUCCAUGCUGCCCAAGAAGAUGGACUGGAAGGAAGCUGCUCGACGGGAGCUGAAGAUGUUGCAAGAUGGACACCAAGAGACUGUACCGCAGAGGUCAUGUGAAGGCAUACUGCCAGAAAUCUGUACCGCGACGGUGGGAUCAGAGGCUGCAAUCACGCAGUUUGAGAGCACACUGGAGAACAUCAUCCGGAAGAAUGAGCGGCUCGACCGUGAUGUGGAGAAGGCAUGCAAGGAGAAAGAUAGGCUGCGAGGGUUACUUGAGGAGAAAGAUGAGUGCACGAGAAAGGAGGACCUUGAGAUGCG